AUGCAGUUCACCAAAGCUGUCUUCAUGGACAUCGACUGUAUCAUCCACAUUCCAGUUGCCUACCAGUGCCACGCCAGCUAUUGGAAUAUCGAGACCUGUUGCCGUGACAACAAUCUCACGGAGCCUUGCUUACGCUUCUGCCAAGCCGAUGUCUCGCCGCAGGACAUUCGUGGUGAUGACUUCUUCUGCUUGGAGGAGGCCAUGCAAACGAUUAGCAUGUGCAUUGGAAAGUUGUCGGGUAAUUCGUAA